AUGAAUACCGUUAACGAUAAUACCUCUUCACCUAAAACCAAGAAUCAUCCGGAUGAGAAUAGAACCUGCCAAACUGGGCCUUGGUCAAAAGAAGAAGAUGAACAUUUAUUAGCGUUGAUUAGAAUAAUGGGUAACAAACAUUGGAAAGCAAUUGAUGAAAAGUACGGUCGGCGCGAUGGAAAGCAAUGUCGAGAGAGAUGGGUGACUCAUUUGGACACUAAUUGCAAGUAUUCAACAAUCAAGAACCAAAAAAUAUUCUUUACGUUAAUUGUAAUUAUAGUAAAUCUCGAACCGUUCACCGAGAAAGAGGAUCAAUACAUAUUACAAUUCUACGAAAAACAUGGAUCAAAAUGUCUCAAUAAAUGA